AAUAGCUAAUAAAAUUUUAGUUUAAAGCUAAUUUCAUUGGUGGAGUGUGUACAGAGAAACAGAUUGCAGAUGGUAUAAAUAGUCGUCUGUAAAAACACAGCAUAGAACAAAAUAAAACACAAUUGGUGGGAACAAUGCAUCUUCUUUGGCUAUUCUACCUGUCAUCACUUCAUAUCUGUCUACAAAGUGUCAACUCUCAACCAGCGAAUGCAGAUCUUCAGAAAUUACUUCGACUACACAAUGAAUAUAGACAUAAAGUGAUGAAUUGUGAAUUGGAAAAUCAACCGCCGGCUAAAUAUCUUCCAGAUCUUAAGUGGGAUAAUGAACUUGCCCAACUUGCUCAAAAAUUGGCGGAUACUUGUGUAAUUGAGCACGACGAACCUAAAUCACGUAAAUUUAAGUAUGUUGGACAAAAUGUAGCUGCCGUUUCAACUGUUGAGAGAGCUGUAGAAGCAUGGUUUCUAGAGUAUAAAUAUUAUGAUUAUAAUACACAACGCUGUUCCAAAGUGUGUGGCCAUUAUACACAGUUGGUCUGGCAGAAUACUACACACGUUGGAUGUGGUGUUAAAGUUUGUAAAAGUACAGGCUAUGGAUUAUCCAUCGUUUGCAAUUACGGUGAAGGUGGUAAUUGGAACCGCGAGUAUCCUUAUCAAACAAAGCCACAAAGUGAAUGUGGUCAACAACGGAUUCCAGGUCGAAUAACACCCAAGCCAACUGUCGCCACCACCACCACAACAAGAACAAGAACUAGAGCAACACUACCAACCCGAAAGCCAUUCUAUACAAAUAGAAAAACACCCCAAGCUAAAUGGACACAACUCGAAUCCAGCUGGAGACAGUACGCCAAUAAUCAGAAUCUCCAAGGAAAUACAGGACAAACAUGUGUUUGUUUUGACUGAGUGGGGGGAGAAAUGCAGCAGUAAUUGCAACACACAAUUUAACUGAUAAUUUAAUAAUAAUUUAAUUUUUUCUGAAUAAAGUUUAUUUUUGCAAACUCAA